AUGGCAGACACCUGCUUUUCUGGGCCCUGUGCUCCCAUGUCCUCAGCUGUCUCCAUCUGCUCCAGUGACAGGAGCUGUGACAGCAACGUCUGCCUGCCCGGUUCGUGCACAGGCUCCUCCUGGCAGCUGGACGACUGCCCCGAGAGCUGUUGUGAACCCAGCUGCUGUGGGCCCUCCUGCUGCCCAGCCCCAUGCUGCACGCCAGCCUCCUCUCUGACCCUGCUGUGCUGCCCAGUCUGCUGUGUGCCUACCACCUGCCAGACAGCCUGCGAACCCAGCCCCUGCCAGUCUGUCUGCACCUCCUCCUGCUCACCAUCAGGUUGCCAGCAGUCCUGCUGCCAAGACCCUAGCUGCUCUGCCUCCCCCUGCUCAGUGCAGUCCUGCUGCUGUGUCCCUCUGUGCUGCAAGCCCAGCUGCUGCAUCACCCUGCCUGUGUGCUGCAAGCCCAGCUGCUGUGUGACCACAGCCUGUUGUCCAGCCUCCUCCUGCUGCCAGCCCAGUUGCUGCCGCCCUGCCUCCUCUGUGUCCCUCAUCUGCAGACCUGUGUGCAGCCCAGCUGCCUGCUGUGUGCCUCUCUCCUGCAGACCCUCCUGCCGCACCACCACGUCCUCCUCCUCCUGCUGCUGUGUACCCUCCUGCUGUCCAGCCUCCACCUGCUGCCGCCCUGCCUCCUCUGUCUCCCUCAUCUGCCGGCCCACCUGCUGCAAACCCACCUACUGCACUGCUACCUGCUCAAAGUAUGCGGGGAUAGCCCUGUCCACGGGCCUGCCUGGCAAUAAACUGCAUCCACUCACCUUCCUGGCCUCUCACUCGCCCUUUUUCCACAUCCUUGGCCCACUGGGGAAAGCAGAAGCAUACGUCCAGCACAAGCCAGCCUGCUCCAUGUCCAUCUGCUGCAAGCCCCUCUGCUGUGUGCGUCCCUGCUGCCGCCCAGCCUCCUGUGUGGCCCUGCUCUGCCGCCCAGCGCUGGUCCCUGCCAGUCCACCUGCUGCCAGGCUGGUCCCUGCCAGUCUACCUGCUGCCAGGCAGUCUGUGGAGCUGCAGCAGCAGCUCAUCAUGUGUGGUCCAGCCCUGCAGUCUACCUGCUGCCAGGCUAGUCCCUGCCAGUCCACCUGCUGCCAGCCUAGUCCCUGCCAGUCCACCUGCUGCCAGGCUGGUCCCUGCCAGUCUACCUGCUGCCAGGCAGUCUGUGGAGCUGGCAGCAGCUCCCCCUCAUGCUGUGUGUCCAGCCCCUGCCAGUCUACCCGCUACCAGGCUAGUCCCUGCCAGUCCACCUGCUGUGCGCCCGUCUGCUGCAAACCUGCUCUAUGUGUGCCCAUCUGCUGCAAACCUGUGGCCUGUGGAGUCCCAUCCUGCCAGGUCUCCUGCUGCAAGCCAGCUUCCUACACAACCUUGGUCUGCAGACCCACCUGUGCCCCCUCCUGCUGCUGCUGA